AUGGCCCACGCGGCAGCUGCAAUUGGAAUCGAAUCGGGAGGCACUGCAGACGCCAGCGGCACGCGCGAUCACAACCGCCUGCCGUUCACAAAUCGAUCUCGCUUCCCAUCUGCAUAUUGUUCCGACCAAAACCAUCACCGCCAAGUUCCAUGUCACAUUGUCCAACAUCAUAGCACAACACCGCCCGGCCGAUGA